AUGAUGCUGAGGGCCGACGACCACGGCGGACGCCCCCCGAACAGGGUAUUUCUCAGUGCUGCGCUCCGUUGCUGUGCCGCUCUUGGUGCCGUUAAUCUGGGGCGAGAGGUGCACGCCAUCGUGGUGCGGAACGCCGGCUGUCCCGUGCACCGGCGCCAUACCGAGACCUCCCUCAUCGAUUUCUAUGGAAGAUGCGGGUUUCUCCAAGAUGCACGUCUUGUGUUCGACAGAAUGCCCGAGAAAGACGUAGUAACUUAUACCGCCAUGUUAUCGGCCCACGCCGACCGCGACGGUUUCGAACACGAUAUGACAGCGCUGUUCCGGGAGAUGCUAUGCUGCGGCGUCGAGCCAAACGCUCACACUCUCACGACUGUUCUCCGUCGGGUGACCCUGCCGCAGGGCCGCCAGAUCCACUGCCACGCCGUCAAGAGGAAUUUGCAGUCAGGCGCGUACACCGGUAAUGCUCUGGUGGACAUGUACGUCAAGCAUGGUGCGGUGGACUGCGCCGAGAGGGUCUUCGCGGGCAUCAGUAACAAGGAUACGGCCUGCUUCAACAGUCUGUUGACCGGUCGAGGAAGGCGUGGAAGCGCGACCGGCCUCGUCGCCGCAUUCCUUGAUAUGGGUCUAGCGGGACUCGUAGGGACCCAAGCUACCUACGUUUCUCUGCUGAAUGGAUCCGCGGCCCUUGGCCUCCCAAGCCUGCCGGAACAGCUUCAUGCGCAGGUCGUAGUGAACGGUUUCGUUUCCGACCAGAUGGUACAAGGAGCCCUACUCGACGCGUACGCGAAAUCCGGUUAUCUGGGGGCAGCUUGCGCCGUCUUCAGCCAGUUGGGCGGCGCUGGGGCGAACGUCGUCCCUUGGAAUUCCAUGAUCAGUGCAUACGGGAAGCAUGGGCGGGGCAGAGAAGCUCUCGAAGUCUUCAGGCAGAUGGAGGCAGCCGGCGCUCGUCCCGACUACAUCACUUUUACUUGCCUCCUGUCAGCGUGCAGCCACUCCGGCCUGGUGGAUGAAGGAUGGAGGCUGUUCAAGCUGAUGGUUGACGCUUACAGAAUUCCCCUGCGGGACGAGCACUAUUGCUGCGUGGUGGACAUGCUGGGCCGCUCGCGUCGGACGCGGGAGGCCCACGAGUUCAUCCUCGCGCUGAAUCACAAGGUCGAUGCUUCUGUCUGGGGGGCCCUGCUGAACUCCUGCAGAAUCUGGGGAGACGUCCAUGUCGCGGAGGCCGCCGCCGAGAGGCUGUUCGAACUGGAGCCGCACAGCUCCGGUUCGUACAUGGCACUUGCAGCCAUCUAUGCGGCACACGGGCGGUGGGGGGACGCCGCAGCUGUCAGGGCGCUGAUGAAGCAGCGUGGGGUAAAGAAGACGGUAGGGCGCAGCUGGACGGAGACUGACAGUGUGGUCCACAACUUUAGAUCGGGGGAAGCCUACCAGCUUCCCGCAUCACUGCAGAAUUGA